AUGGCUUCCACUCCCAUGGCUAUUGAUUCGCCCUUGGGAGCAAAUGGACGAGCUGCUGCAAGCGUGACAAAGGCAUUACCUACAACGGCAAAAAUCUCAGAUGUGAUAUCCAUCUUCAGACCUACCAAGCUAUUUCGCCGAGAACCAAAGUCCACCGCUAGCCACCCAAAUCCACUACCGGCUACUAUCACAUCUCUGGACUUUAGUGGUGCGGGCGACUAUGUACUCACAUCUGAAAGUGAUAAUACUAUGCACGUCUAUGAUGUAGCAAGAGGGAAACAUCACAAGACAUGUCUCAGUCAAAAGUACGGUGUCGGUAGUGCGAUUUUUACACAUAAGACGACGGAUUCAAGUCCUUGUAUUAUCCACUCGGGUACUAAGAUAAACCAUGACCUGAGAUACCUCUCAACCCACGACAUGAGCUACAUCCGCUACUUCGACGGCCACGAGAAAUACGUAACCAACAUCGCCCUCCACCCGGGCCAAGACAACUUCCUCUCCUGCAGCGAAGACGACACAGUCCGCAUCUGGGACGCAGGCACCAAAAAUGCAGUCGGCAAACUCAAUCUCAACGGCGCCUACCUCUCCGCCUGGGACCCCUCCGGCAACGUCUUCGCCGUCGCCUCACCAACCGCCCAAUCAGUCCUCCUCUACGACUUCCGCAACUUCGACCGCGCUCCCUUCUCAACCUUCGACCUCCUAGCCCACUCUCAAGAUGUAAUCCCCAAAGGCAUGAGCAAAGGCUGGUCCAAAAUCGAGUUCUCCAACGACGGGAAAUCCAUCCUCGUCGCCACCACCGGCACCGGCCACAUCCUCAUCGACGCCUUCACCGGGUCCCUCAAAGCCAUUCUCCGCCGCGACAGAGGCGGCGUCCGUCGUCUCGGCGCCGGCGAUCAUAACGCUGAACACAUCGACGUUGACUCCACAGAAUACCUCUACCCCAGCUCAGGCGACGCGUGUUUCACGCCCGACGGACGGUACGUCAUGUCCGGUAGUCGUCGUGAGAAUAUCCUCGUGUGGGACACUCUUGCGCCGCCGGAUUCUAAUAAACAUCUGAGACCGACGCAUGAGUUGGAACAUAAGGGCGAUACGGCUGUUAUUGCGUGGAAUCCGCGGUUUAAUAUGUUUGCGACGGCGGAUCGUGAGGUGGUGUUUUGGGUGCCGGAUAAGGAUUCGUGA